AUGUCUCAACUCCAAUACUCUGAUGCUGAUGGCUUCUCAUCAUCUAUCUACGAUGGUGAUAUAGAGAAUCUUACUUUUCUUCCACCAGAGAACUCGCAUCUACUAUACACAUCCGAUCUCUCAGUCAGCCAGCAGACAAUUAAUUCCUUUGAUCAAGAGUUUCUUCGACCAUCCGCUCCUCUUACGAUCCCUUUAUCUCUUACACGCGUUGGCCCAGAUCGUCGAAAGGGUUACGUCCUCUACGAGAACAUGACACAUAGUGAUUGGGUGGAUUGGUGGCUUCAGACUGACUUUGGGAAACAAAGUAGGAUACGUUGGGACUCAAAACACCAUUCUGAAGUUUGGAACCAGUUCGAUCAGGUAGCAAAUGCCUCUGAUGGUGCGCCAAAGGUGAUGUGUAAACGUUGCGGGCAGAUCCUUGAGCAUCCCCAAUCUCUAUGCGCUGGAACUACUAUGCGCCAUGGAACUUCGUCAAUGAAUAAGCAUUUAAAGGGUAUCAAUUGUCGCAAUUCCACCAAAAACAAGACGCAAAUAUCUGGUAUUACCCAGUUUAUACAGACAGCUAGCAGAAACCCUUCAACCGAUCAGAAAUUUACACAGGACACAUGGGAACAGAAGCUUCUUACUCUCCUUACCGUUGCACGGCUUCCGUUUCGACUAGUCGAGCACCCUGAAUUCCACAGCCUUAUCAGAAUGGCCCAAACCGCCCCAACGUGCCCUGAGAUCCCCUCACAAAAAACCAUUCGACGCCGGCUACACACUACGGUGAAGGAGAGACAGGAGGAUAUACUCCAGAACUUACCCGCUGGGUCUAAGAUAUCGAUCGCGCUUGAUUGCUGGACAUCUCCAUUCUCACAGGCAUUUAUGGCUAUCAGUGGCUAUUUCAUUGAUGAGGACUGGCAGUAUCGUGAGAUCCUUCUUGGAUUCGAACCGCUUUAUGGAACACACUCUGGUGCGAAUCUAAGUGUAGUUCUCCUCGAGACCCUUCAGCGACAUAAAAUUGAGGAUCGAGUUCUUGCAAUUGUUACUGAUAACGCAUCAAACAACAAGACGUUAGUCGAUACUCUCCAGCAAUCUAUGUCAGAUGAUAUUACCCUAAUACGGGUUCCCUGUAUCGCUCAUGUUAUUCAACUCAGUCUGAAUGGGCUUCUGGGAUCUAUGAAGGCUGACCCUCUGAAUGAGACAACUGAAGUACGAUGGACUGAGCAGCGGUCCCAGUCAGCUCGCAUGAAUGCGAAGCAUCAUGGACGAGAGAUUAUUCGCAGUCUUGCCAUCUAUAUUAACGCUAGUCCUCAACGCCGGGAAGCGUUCUACAAACUUCAAUCUGAAUCAGUCAAACUUACGCCUAUUCAAGAUGUCAAAACACGUUGGAACUCCACAUUUCUUAUGCUUCGCCGUGCGAAGCGACUCCAAUCUAUCUUUAAUCCUUUCUGUGAGGGAUAUGAUCGGAUGGAUUUGAUGCUAGACGACGAGGAGUGGCGGCAGAUUGAUUAUCUCCUCUGGAUCACACAGCCAUUUUUUUGA